AUGCUUCGAAGAAAGAGCGUGAGAAGAGAGAGCGUGGGAAGAGAGAGCGUGGGAAGAGAGAGCGUGAGAAGAGAGAGCGUGGGAAGAGAGAGCGUGGGAAGAGAGAGCGUGGGAAGAGAGAGCGUGAGAAGAGAGAGCGUGAGAGAGGAAAGUAUUUCAAGGCCGGUCGUCGAAGAUGACGAGAUCACACCCGCAAAUCCGACGCCUCAAACUGGAGCCUCGAGAGUAGAAAGCUUAUCCUCGGGCGAGAUCGUAUCCGCAAAUCCGACAGUUGCAUUGGACUCAUAUGGACCAACGGGGAUUCGUGGUUUGGUCUCAUCGCGAUAUGUGUUGCUUUGCACCACCUGCUCUGCCCUCGGUGGCCUGCUAUUCGGCUACGAUCAAGGAGUGAUCUCUGGAAUUCUACGCAUGCCGCAGUUCCUUGAUCAAUUUCCCGAAGUCUCGGAUAAAGACUCCCGCAAAGCCCUUAACAUAGGAGUGAUGACUGGGAUGAUUGAACUUGGUGCACUGCUUGGUGCUUUCAACGAAGGCUGGAUUGCAGACAAGAUAUCUCGACGAUACUCGAUCAUCCUGGCGGUAUCCAUAUUCACGCUGGGAUCUGCGCUUCAAACUUUUUCUAAGAAUUAUGAAAUGCUUGUCGGCGUACGCUUUGUUGGAGGAAUUGGGGUCGGGAUGCUGAGCAUGGUUGUACCACUUUAUAUUUCCGAGAUAUCCCCUCCUGAGCUGCGCGGGUCUUUGAUCACCUUUCAAGAGUUGAACAUCGUAUUUGGCAUCAUCAUCUCUUUCUGGCUUACGUACUUCACAAGAUCGCUCAAGGAUAACCUCCCGUGGCAAGUUCCCUUUUGUCUCCAGAUAAUUCCCGGACUUCUGCUUGCGGCCGGCGCAACAUGGCUCCUGCCAUUCUCACCUCGCUGGCUUGCUUCGAAGGGGAAAGAAAAUCAAGCUUUGGCUGUCCUUGCAGAGUUACGAAGGCUGCCUGACUCCGAUCCCAGAGUGCAACGGGAAUGGGUAGGCAUCAUUGCAGAGUCAACAUUCCAGAAACAAAUCCUUGAACAGCGACAUCCGAAUCUUGCUGCUAAGACAUGGUGUAACAGACUGAAGCUUGAAUUUGCUUCAUGGAUGGACUGUUUUAAGUCUGGGUGUUUGAGCAGAACGCAUGUUGGAGCCGGGCUGAUGUUCUUCCAACAGUUCGUGGGGAUUAAUGCACUGGUCUACUAUUCACCAUCGUUGUAUAAGACGAUAGGUCACAAGUACAAAAACCAGCUCAUAAUUUCUGGCUCACUCAACAUCAGUCAAUUCGUAGGCGUCCUCCUCAGUAUCUGGGGGAUUGAUCGUUUCGGACGCAGAUCAAUCUUGCUUUGGGGAAGUAUGUGCAUGUUGAUAUGCCUCACCGUGAUCGCUACUAUGGUCGGAAAGUUUUCAUCCGAUUGGCCAUCUCAUAUUCUCCCAAGCUGGUUCUGCGUCGGUCUCCUAUUCUUCUAUAUGAUGUGUUUCGGGGCUAGCUGGGGCCCGGUACCUUGGGCAAUACCAACCGAGAUAUUUCCCUCGUCGCUGAGAGCCAAAGGUGUAGCUAUCUCGACAUGCUCCAACUGGCUGUGUAACUUCAUCGUCGGUUUAGUAACGCCGCUGCUAAUAGAAAAAACUGGAUUUGGUACUUUCGUCUUCUUUGCAGUCACCUGUUUUGCAUCUUUGGUCUGGACAUAUUGCAUCGUCCCAGAGACCAAAGGUAAACUCCUGGAGCAGAUGGACGAGGUGUUCGGGGACCGAGCAAACGAUGCAGAAUCGGAGUUGAAGGGUGCGAUAUUAUUGCAGACUCGGGAAAGGACCAAUACUGAUUGA